GAGAUUCCAGUAUACGGUUUUUAAAUGAAAAUGAAUCUGUUUGAGGGCGAGAUUAAAAAGAAGCCUGUGCAAUCAUUAAGAGGGGCUAGUAAAAAUCUUGUCAAAGAAAACUUAAUUAAUAAGGUUUACGCUGAAAGGAAGCAACGUGAAUUAUUGCGAUUGAAAAAUAUUAGUGCUGUGAAAAUUCAAGCUAUUUAUAGAGGUUAUAAUUCAAGGAAAAAUCAGAAAUUACACCACAGGAAUACUUAUGAUGAACUUUUUAAAGAUUUAAACAAUACACCAUUAAAUAGUAGUGAGUUGUAUAAAAGAUUUUACAAUUGCGCAAUUCACAUUAUUUUCUUUUUUGAUAAAUCUUUGGAUAUUGAUAGAUUGCUCAAUUUGGGUAAAUCCUAUCUGAACAUAAUUACUGCAAAAGAAUUUGAUGGAUCUUUAAACUUUAGAAUUAUAUUUCAGGGUGAAAUACAUCUGAUUGGGAAAUUUUAUUCCUUAUUUUUAAAUGCAAUAGAUAUUGGGAGAUAUCAAAUACCAUUCAGAAUUUUUGAAGUAACCAAUUCUAUGAAGAAAGGCUUUGAAUUUCAUGAUAAGAUAAUUUUAUACAAGUAUAUGGUCACAAAAAACUAUUUUUCCAUCCUGUUGAAUUUCUUGGUCAAUAGAUGCCCACCCACUAUUCAUUCACCCAGUGAUGCCAUUUUACUUCCUCUGGAAAUUGAAUCUACAUUGUAUCUAAUGUUUUAUCCAAUAUAUCUCAUGGAUGAUAAUGUGCAGGACAAAAUUAUUUUGAAUUCAUCUCCCCCACAUCAAAAAGACCGUAAUACCGUGUGGCGAUACUUUUGCUCGCAGGUCUUGAGUUCCCCUUUGUGCUACGUAAUGGGAAAAACGUACCAUUUGAUCUUUUCCCAUCUUUUGGCGCCUAAAAAUGUGUUCCCCAUUCGAUCAUUUUUGAUUCAUCUUUACUCCGAUACCACCUUUGCAAUGGCGCGAAAUGCCGAACACGAUUAUAUCAUCGAUGGGGGUGGAAUAUACUUCCUAAAUAGUUAUUGUCGGAUAGCCUAUCACUGCUUAGUAGGGGGAUCCGAUUUUCAUCGAAAUCUUGUAUGCCAAAGAAAUUCUACCGAUAUUAAUGGUAGCACGACUGUCAAUCACGAAUUAACAUGUAUGCACUUCGCCAUUCUUAGCCGAUUAUUGGAUAAUUCAUUGUUUUCCUCCAAGCAAGGCGUAUUUUUGCAGGACGAGAAAUCCGGGGAGAAUGUUGGGACGAACGCGGAAACUAAAACGAAGUACAUGAAUAAUGCUUAUAUCUAUCACAAUAUAGAUAUCGCGGUGGAUAAAGGGCUUUUAUCGCCCCUGGUGGAAGAAUUCGAUGUGUCGGAUAAAUCGGAUAACGAAGAUGAAGACAUGGAACCCAGUACAUCGACCGAAACCAACGCCGAAAAUCUAAUUCUCUUAAAGCCCAAUAACGACUUAUCCCCCAAUAAAAACGACAUAAACGUAAUCGUAAAGCCUGCCACCCUGUUACAGGACUUGAAAUGCUUACUGAAUAGCGAUCUCAACGUCGAAAUGACUAACACCUUUUUGUCCUACCUUUGCGAACGCAUAACUACCAAAAAUUCUUCGCCCCAUUCUGAUAAAUCAGGCAUCGAGGACACGGCGAAAUCCACCCAGAUUUCAAGCAUGGAGAACAUCGUGACGGUAGCUUACACGGCCCUGAUGCUGAUAAAUUAUCGUUGCCAGGAAGAGGACAGUAAAAGCGACAGGAAAGACUCCACUGUAAACAUAAAGGAAGGCGCCCUCCUACUCAAACUGGCUUACAAUUACUCGUUUCUUGCCGUGCUAUGGGGCUUCGGUAUCAAACCUGCCCUUGAAACCAAUAGUUUUGGUCGAUCGGGAAAAUCGCUAUACGAGCUAUUUCAGACACCUUACUUGGACAAUCACCUAACCUCGCCCUCCUCUGUAUGUUCUGACCCUAAAGGGUUCCUCAUAGAUUUCACCAGGAACGUCGAAGUGUAUUGCCAUCUAUUGAGUCUGACUCUUAGCACUAUACGCGACGGGGAACUUAGAAACAUUUGCAGGCUUAGACGUAGUGAGAGAGAAGAUGGGAAUUCUAGGUUGCCAGAGUAUUAUAGAAAACAAGUCCUCCUGAACGUCUUGGACACCAUCAAGUUGUUCAAACGUUUUACUUUAUACAUUCUCGAUUACCUGAUUCCUCUCAACGUUACCUUAUUGGUCAAGAAAAACUGCGCUACUUUUUAUACGUCCCGUUAUAUCUGGGUGAAAAUUUUUAAGAUUUGCACAUCCCUCCUGAGAAAACUCUAUUUACGGAAUUCCAGGUUAGAAUUUACGGAUCCUAAGAUAUGGUUGAUCGAAAAUUACGUCAUUUCCGAUCAAAUUAAUCAGACUAACGUCGAAAAUUUUAACAAACUUUUCAACGUCGACGCCAAAGACCCUCUUACCGUUUACGAAAAGGGUGCCAAAAUGGCUUUCAAAAAAGAUGAUAAUUUUUGGUCCCCGACAAAAUAUCAAAUCCUGAUCCAGGACCCCAGACUCCUCAAGUCCGUGACCAUUUUGAAUUACGCACCAUUCACUAUUCCGUUCGAACAGAGGGCUAGCUUCUUUCGGAAUUGGUAUUCGGACUACGAGAAAGCCUGUAUUUACCAGCGGGCCAACGCUAGGAGGCAUCUCUUCUCCGAUUUCGACUCCGCUGGCAGUUGGACCGUUGAUGUCAAGAUCAGAAGAACUCACCUCUACGAAGAUAGUUACGAGAAGCUAUCACCUAUCAAUGAACCCAAUCUUAAACUCAAGAUGAGGGUCAAGAUGGUAAAUAGCGCGGGACUAGAAGAAGCGGGGAUAGAUGGGGGUGGAGUUUUUAGGGAAUAUCUCGGGCAGCUCCUUAUAACGGCAUUCGACGCCAACAGGGGCCUUUUCAAGCACACGUUUGUCUCCGAUAACGAAGAUAGCGUCAGGAGCGACAUUGAAAACCCUAUGGAUACAACUGAGAUUUCGAAUAUUCGCCACGAGGCCACACCGAAAGAAUCCAAUAAUAAUCUCGUUCAAAAGGCCAAUACGAAAUACACCAGCGAUAUCAACGAGGGCAAUUUUGGCGCGGAUAAUUUGGCCAUAUACCCCAACCCCGAUGUGUACAGCUUGGUAUUUUACGACGAAGAUAUGGCCCGAAAUAGGAAAGAAAUUUUGAGGCAUUACUAUUUCCUAGGCCGGAUGCUGGGGAAAGCCCUUUACGAAAACUUGUUGGUCGAACUACCCCUGGCCCAUUUUUUCCUUUCCAAAAUUCUCGACUCCUUCAAAAAUUUACGUCACACCUCGUUAGAUAAGAAAGCCAAUUACUCCGAUUCAACCACUUGUUACAGAAACACGGACCUCAACGAUUUGAGAUCCAUAGAACCGGUGCUUUACAAGAAUUUAAUGUACUUAGCUCGGUACCCAAAGCCGGACGAGAUCGAAAGUGUAUUCCUGCUGGAUUUCUCCGUUCUAGAAGAUAGGUUCGGUAAAAUAGAAAAGAUCGAUUUGAUACCCGGUGGCUCUAACGUUAUAGUGAACGGUUCUAAUAGAAUGCAAUUCGUUUACCUUUUGGGCGAUUACAAAUUGAAUAAACAGUUGGAUUCUGCCUGCAACGCUUUUGCCAACGGACUUUCGGACGUAAUAGAUCCCGCUUGGCUUGGAAUUUUUACCCCCUCAGAACUCAACAUUUUAAUUGGGGGUCGGCCCGGCCCUAUCGACGUCGCCGAUUGGAAGCGACACACCGUUUAUUCGGGUGGAUACAACGAAAAUGACCCGUCUAUCAAAUUAUUUUGGGAUAUAGCCGAAUUCGAGUUAGGUCAUGACCAAUUAUCGAAAUUGUUAAAAUUUGUGACUAGCAGUUCUAGACCUCCCUUAAUGGGUUUCAGGGAACUCAACCCACCUUUUAACAUUCAAAAAACUUCCUCAUCCAAUUCAGCAAAUAUUACGCCUCUCAAUAACGCCAAUCAAUCGCAUCCAUCCAUCAGUCAAGUAGAAAAUAUUCAACCCAGUUCUAACACUCUCCCGACCGCCUCCACCUGUUUGCAUUUGUUGAAAUUGCCACCAUCUGAUAGCAAGAGCACAAUGCGCCGAAAAAUAUUAUACGCUAUUAAUAGUAUGUCCGGAUUCGAAUUGAGUUGAUAUAAAGCUAUUAGCACUAGAUACCGAAAUAAAGGAGGAAAUAAAAUUCGAUGAAUUUUUUAAAAGUUUUAUAAGAAGUGGAAUAAAUGAAAAUGUGUAGCAAAUUAUAUAAUGUAACGAAUUA